GAGCUCUCCCUUCUCCCUUGGAAGCACAGUUCACUAUGGUCGGACUCGCCUUCAGCUCUGCAAGCCGGGGGGAGUUCGUGCAUCAUUCCAGGGUCCUUUUCUUGCAAGCCUUGCUUUGGAUUUUAUGCGCGGCUGGCUGCAGAGCGGAGCAGUAUUUCAAUGUAGAGGUGUGGUUACAAAAGUACGGCUAUCUUCCACCAACUGACCCCAGAAUGUCGGUGUUGCGCACUGCGGAGACAAUGAAAUCUGCAAUAGCUGCUAUGCAGCAGUUCUAUGGCAUUAACAUGACAGGAAAAGUGGACAAGAACACAAUUGACUGGAUGAAGAAACCUCGUUGUGGUGUGCCCGACCAGACAAGAGGCAACUCUAGAUUUAAUAUUCGUCGAAAACGAUAUGCGUUAACGGGACAGAAGUGGCAACAUAAACAUAUCACUUACAGCAUAAAGAACGUCACUCCAAAAGUAGGAGAUGCCGAAACUCGUAAAGCCAUUCGCCGUGCCUUUGAUGUGUGGCAGAAUGUAACCCCUCUGACGUUUGAGGAAGUUCCUUACAUUGAACUAGAGAACGGCAAGAGGGAUGUGGAUAUUACAAUUAUUUUUGCAUCAGGUUUUCAUGGAGAUAGCUCUCCCUUUGAUGGGGAGGGAGGAUUUUUGGCCCAUGCUUACUUCCCCGGGCCAGGAAUUGGGGGAGACACACAUUUUGACUCAGAUGAGCCAUGGACCUUGGGAAACCCUAAUCAUGAUGGCAAUGAUUUGUUUCUAGUUGCAGUUCAUGAAUUGGGACAUGCCCUAGGCUUGGAGCAUUCAAAUGACCCUACUGCCAUCAUGGCUCCAUUUUACCAGUACAUGGAAACUGACAACUUCAAACUUCCUAAUGAUGAUUUACAGGGAAUCCAAAAGAUAUAUGGUCCUCCUGACAAGAUCCCACCACCAACAAAACCUCUGCCAACAGUGCCCCCACAUCGUUCUGUCCCUCCAGCAGACCCACGGAAAAAUGACAGGCAGCCUAAACCUCCCCGGCCACCCACAGGAGACAAGCCUUCUUACCCAGGAGCCAAACCCAACAUCUGUGAUGGAAAUUUUAACACUCUAGCAAUUCUUCGCCGGGAAAUGUUUGUUUUCAAGGAUCAGUGGUUUUGGCGAGUCAGAAAUAACCGGGUGAUGGAUGGAUAUCCAAUGCAGAUUACCUACUUCUGGAGAGGACUGCCUCCAAGUAUCGAUGCAGUUUAUGAAAACAGUGAUGGAAAUUUUGUUUUCUUUAAAGGUAACAAAUUCUGGGUCUUCAAGGAUACCACUCUCCAACCAGGCUAUCCUCAUGAUUUGGUAACAUUGGGCAGUGGGAUUCCACCCCAUGGUAUUGAUUCAGCAAUCUGGUGGGAAGAUGUUGGGAAAACUUACUUCUUCAAAGGAGACAGGUACUGGAGAUAUAGUGAAGAUAUGAGAACUAUGGAUCCUGGUUAUCCAAAGCCAAUCACAAUCUGGAAAGGUAUCCCAGAAUCUCCUCAGGGAGCCUUUGUCCACAAAGAAAAUGGCUUCACAUAUUUCUACAAAGGCAAGGAGUACUGGAAAUUCAAUAACCAGGUGCUGAGAGUAGAAUCUGGCUAUCCUAGAUCCAUCCUCAAGGACUUUAUGGGUUGUGAUGGACCAGCAGAUCGAGACAAAGACCGACAUAGCCCUCAAGAUGACGUAGACAUUGUCAUCAAACUGGACAACACAGCCAGCACUGUGAAAGCCAUAGCCAUUGUCAUUCCCUGCAUUCUGGCCUUGUGCCUCCUUGUCUUGGUUUACACUGUGUUCCAAUUCAAGAGGAAAGGAACACCCCGUCACAUACUGUACUGCAAACGUUCUAUGCAAGAAUGGGUGUGAUGUAGGGUUUUUUCUCUCUCCCAGGAGUUUGUGGUAACUUCAGAUUCAACACAAGAGCUGUUAUGUGGUUUCCUAGCUAGGAGCAGGCAUCUGUCCGCCUCGACCAGGGCUGAUCUUUAAAACCCGGGGAGGGGGCUGCCUGCCCUGCACAUGAGUGAGAAUUCACUCCGGUGGGAAGCUUCCGUCAUAUACAGUAUCUGCCGUUUCUCCAGUCCUUUGUCUUUCUUUGUCAUUCGGUUCUAGCCUUUCCUCUGCACGCUCAAUACCCAAUGCAAACUAUCAGGAUUUUCACUAAAGAAGAGGAAAUAUCACAACAUGAAAACAGGAAUCUCCGGUGUCUCUUGUGGGGGGAGGGUAUCUCCUUUAAAGCCUGCUCCCCUUUGAAAGAGUUUUAUGUGAGGUUUUAAAAAAGAAAAAAAUGUAAUCAGUUUUUUAAAAAACAAACAAAUGCAGCAACGAUAACACAACAAUCACAAUGGAACUUUUCAGGAAGUGUGAAGACCCAAAACAGCUUUGUCUCCAAAGAGGAUUGCUUUCUGUCAGCUGUGGAUAUAAUCCUAUACUCCUACAGAUAAUUUUUGUCAAGUGGGAGACAAGGAUGACACGCAGGAUUUCAGACUGUCUGGACAGCCAUUUUCCAACAAACAAGGGGCCAAAAUAUCUGCAAUAUAGUAACAGCCUUAAUAAUACAUUCAUUUUGUGUUUUAUACAGCUGUUCUGAGCUAUGUCCUCAAUGUUUUAACACAUUUAUAUUCAUUACUAUAUUCAGAUAGUAUCUUUUUUAUUGAUUGGUUUAUCUUUUUUGUUCGUUUCCUGUCUCAUCUUUUUUAGUCUUUUUCCCUCCUGAGUUGUACCAGGCCAACAGCCCCAGGCCUUCCAUAGGUCUGUCAGGAACAUUUAUUUUGAAACCAGAGUAGAAAGCAGCAAGAGUUUGAAGUAGAUUGCAGUGAACUAAGGUGACACUUAAUGUUACAGUGAAGCAUAAUGCUGAUGUUGGGUAUGUAAUAGGUGACCCUUUGAGAACUAUACAAUUUCAACAUCUGCUAGCAUUGACUGACCAAAAUUAUAGAUCCACGCAGCAAUAGUGCAGAAAACCUCAGUUUAAAGAGAUCCCAGUUUCCAAUACUUAUCUCCUAUUAGAUGGUCCCUAAACCAUAACAGAUUCAUAGAGACCGGUCUCCCUCCUUCUCAGCUUCACUUUCUCUAUUGCCCUUCUUUCUGCUGCUUCCACAGGUCUAAUGUUGGCUGUCACUUUCCAAUAUGAAAUUGCAUGAUAUAAUGAAACAUGGCAGCUGGGGUCAAUAUGUUGGCAGGCAACAGGACUAGCAGGUUUUCAUUACAGGACUGAUUGUAGCCCUGUUGAGAUGUUAGGAAGUGGGCUAUCCUGCUGCCACACAAUUACAAUACUACUAAAAUAACCUAUAAUUUUAAUUGCUUGCACUUUUAAUGAUAAUAUAACAGAAGCAAACUUGGCCAUUAGUUUGUGUGAUUUUUUAAACAAAUAAUUUGUAGAAUUCAAAACUUACCUAACUACAAUUUUGACCUCUCUGCUCAGGAUGUUAUUCCACACUAGAUACAAGCAAUUCCAGAUAUCCUGCCACACCUCUACUGCUUUCCUUCUCAUCUUCCUGUAGCAGUAUCUCCAAUGAACCAGACCCCAAUAUUCCCCAUGCAUUAUGUGUAUGUUCUCAGUAAAGAACAAAAUGGUCUGCACAUGUUUCGUAGUACUCCAAAACCAGCUUGAUCAGAAACAAUGUUAGAACAAAAGAAACUAUUGUUUAAAUCAUAGGAAAUACUUCUAUUAUACCACUUUCAUAAAAAAUUAUUCUUCAUCUUCAGACCAAAAGCACCAGGGACGUGAGAUUUUUGAUGUGAUCAGGAAAUCUCAUCAAGAGGUGGAAUUUUCCUGCCCAAGAACUGGACUAGCUAUUUAAAUUUAAUCUUGUUUAACUUACAGUUUAUUAAAACCUUACUAUACAGGAUAAUGAAAGAUGAACAUGCGCAGGUGUAGUGCACAGUCUUACCAAAAUCUAGAAAGCAACAGUCCUGUUACAUGGUUUUUAAAAUGUGAUACCGUUUGAGUGUUUGCCUUAGUUCUCAAAGGGUCAACAAGAUCUGUGGCAUUUAUCUGUGCAUUAAACUGCUGACAGAGCCAAGGGACCACCAAAGCAUUAUGUCAUCCUGUGUAAUUUUGUGCUAACAGCAGUAUUGUCAUUUUCAUGUGACCUGCAGAGCAGGUUGUGUAUCAACAUUUUUUUCCUAGAGAAAAGUCAGCAACUGACAGACCUCUUUUAUUGAUUUUAGGAGCUGCUUCUUGCAGUCACAGGCUUUUUACAGUCACCGAGCUGUGAACUUAUUAAAGCUUUUCAGAAAGAAUGCACCCCACCAGUCAGAUUCCUGGCUUCUUAUGAAAGCUAGGAUUCCAGGUGGGUUAGCUUUUGAAACAAUGAACAGCUUGCCUUGAACUUUAUUGAUAUGUUGACUGUCAUUACUGAGUUAAACAUUGUUUUCUGUGAAAAAUCCUUUGCUGUCUGAAUUUCCUUACCAUGAACUGUUUGAUGUCUUUGCUCUUUGACCUUUAACUUGCAAACUGACACAAUCUCAAAGGGAAAUCUGGUGUUGCUGAUCCAUUUGGAUUGGGACUGGGCUUCUUUCAAAAAUAAAAAAGAGAGGCCUGUUAUAUGUUGUCCAAACAUUCACCUGUUUUGUUACUAAGGACAAAGGGUACAAUAUUCUGGGAAGGGCCAUGGGAACGAAGAAGCAACAGUCUUGGCCAGCUUCCUUUUUUUCCAUUGGGGAAUAUAGAGAAGGACUUCCCAUGAAAUAUGCCCAGUAUUUGCAGCAGAUAGCUAGAUGGAACAAUUGCUAUGUAUACAUGCACACUCUAAAAAUGAACUGCGGUGGAAAUGAAUUUCUCUUCAGUGCAAUUUUCUGCACAAAACCAGUCCUUCCUACAAAUAACUCAUUAUAAAUGUUCUGAAACAAACAAACAAAACUAAAAUACUUGAAAAAAGCCAUAAUUGGCUUUUACAUAAAAGGUUUUUUUAUACUAGACAAUUUCUU